AUGGCUCGGGCUGCAUUUUUCUUGGUUUGCUUCUUCUUCGUGUUCUUCGGUUUCUUUGCUGAUGCUGCGGUGGUGGAGCAAACUUUCGAAGUUGGUAAUCUAACAGUCCGAAGGCUCUGCAAGAGCAAAAUAAUCACAGCAGUAAAUGGUGAAUAUCCCGGCCCGACUAUCAAUGCUCGUGAGGGUGACACUGUCGUCAUCUAUGUCAUCAAUCAUUCUCCUUACAAUAUUACCAUUCAUUGGCAUGGUAUAUUCCAGCGUCUGACACCAUGGGCUGAUGGUCCGAACUUCAUAACCCAAUGUCCGAUUCAGCCUGGACAUAGCUACACAUAUAAAUUCAACAUCAUCGGACAAGAAGGCACGCUUUGGUGGCACGCGCACGUCUCCGUUCUCCGCACCACUGUGUACGGAGCACUCAUCAUUCAGCCGCGAGCCGGCCCUCUCGGCUAUCCCUUCCCCAUACCUUACAAGGAAGCCGUCAUCCUCCUCGGCGAGUGGUGGGACGCCGAUGUGGUCAACCUUGAGAAUUUGGCCCUUGCAUCCGGCGGUGCGUUUAACAACUCCGAUGCGUUGACCAUCAAUGGCCGCCCCGGUGAUCUCUAUCCCUGCUCCAAAAAACACACCUACAAGCUCGUGGUAGAACAGGGCAAGAGCUACCUCCUCCGCAUCAUCAACGCCGCCCUCAACUCCCAAUUCUUCUUCAAAAUUGCCGGCCACACCCUCACCGUGGUCGCCGCAGAUGCCUCCUACACCACCCCCUUCCCCACCGACACCAUCGCCAUCGCCCCCGGCCAAACCAUCGACGCCCUGCUCCACGCCGACUCCCACCCUUCCAACUACUACAUCUCCGCCCUCACCUACGCCAGCUCCCCCGCCAUCCCCUUCGACAACACCACCACCCUCGCCAUCCUCUCCUACACCAAUUCCCCCACCACCACCACCCCUCCCCUCAUGCCCUCCCUCCCCUCCUUCAACGACACCCCCACCGCCCACCACUUCUACUCCAACCUCACCGCCCUCCUCCUCCCUCAAACCCAAUCCCUCCCCCUCUCCAUCUCCGACCGCAUGUUCAUCACCUUCGGCCUCAGCCUCACUCCUUGUUCCUCCGACCAGCCCCAAUGCCAAGGCUUCGCCUUGUCCGCCAACAUGAACAACGUCUCCUUCCGUUUCCCCACCAACAUUUCCCUGCUCGAAGCCCAUUUUAAUGGAGUCGAGGGAGUUUACACGAGGGACUUCCCUGAUCGCCCGCCUCUGGUUUUUGAUUACACGAACCCGAACGUGAACGCGGUCGGGACAUCGCUUCAGCUGUCGGAGAAGGGGACGAAGGUGAAGAGGUUGAGGUUUAAUUCGACGGUGGAGAUUGUGUUGCAGAAUACGGCGGUGCUUGCCAGCGAUAGCCAUCCCAUACAUUUGCACGGGUUUAAUUUCUACGUGUUGGCGCAGGGGUUUGGGAAUUAUAAUCAUACGGAGGCGGUGGAGAAGUUUAAUUUGUGGAAUCCGCAGGUGAGGAAUACCAUUGCUGUGCCUGUGGGAGGUUGGGCUGUUAUUCGGUUCUGGGCUGAUAAUCCUGGGAUUUGGUUCAUGCACUGCCACUUGGACGUUCACCUGCCGCUUGGCCUGGGGAUGGCAUUCGAGGUGGAGAACGGGCCCACGCCGUCGUCGACGUUGCCGCCUCCGCCGCCGGAUUUGCCUCGCUGUUAAGGGGCCUUCAUUGAGAAAAAGAA